UGUAGCUGCGGGAGAAUGGGGGUAACCUUGACUUUCAACACAUUAAAGGACUGCCACAAUGAGUCAAAGUCUGCGGUCAAAAUUUCUAAAGUUAAUACCAGAAGCCCUUUAUAUUCCCUCCUCCUCUCUCGCAGGCACAGCCAAACCUUAGCAAAAAAAGAAGAAAAACAAAGAAAUUCGAUCCCAGCGUUGUACAAAGAAAGUAGGAAAUAUAAGCUGCAAGACAUAAACGCCAUGUCCUGCUCCCUUGCCCUUGCCAACUCUCCGGCGCUUUCUCCGCCCAUGUCUCUUUUCCGUGACAAUUCUCCGAUCAUCUCUCCGUCGCCCGAAGCUUUGAAUUUAUCGUUGACUCACCUCAAACCUUCGUCGUCUCCUUCUUCCCCUUGUUCGCCUUUUAGGCUUCGCCUUCAAAAGCCUCCGUCCGGGUCUCUAUUAUCUUCUUCUGUUUCAACGUCAGCGUCUUCAUCGGAUUCGGGUUCAACUGCGGGUCUUGGUCCACGACCGGCGUCGGCAAUAUUGAAGAGGAAGAGGCCAACGAGGCUGGAUAUACCAAUGGCCACGACGGCGUUGCAUUUUGGGGUUCCGGCGACGCCGUGUGCAGUGAUGAGAGAGGUGGAGAGAGAGGGAUGUGGAUAUUCUGUUUAUUGUAAAAGGGGAAGGAGAGAGGUUAUGGAAGAUAGGUUUUCAGCUUCUGUUAAACUUCAAGGAGAUUGCAAACAGGCAUUUUUUGGUGUUUUUGAUGGACAUGGAGGUGCUAAAGCUGCUGAAUUUGCAGCCCUGAAAUUGGAGAAGAACAUUUUAGAUGAAGUUGUUGGGAGAAAAGACGAAACCAUGGUAGAGGAAGCUGUCAAAGCAGGUUAUUUGAAGACAGAUGCUGAGUUUCUAAAGGAAGAUGUCACCGGUGGAGCAUGCUGUGUGACAGCUUUGAUCCAAAAUGGAAGCCUUGUUGUAUCAAAUGCUGGUGAUUGUCGCGCUGUUUUGAGCAGGGAUGGUGCUGCUGAAGCUCUCACCUCUGAUCACCGACCUUCAAGGGAGGAUGAAAGAAACAGAAUUGAGACUUUGGGUGGCUAUGUGGACUUAUGCCGCGGUGUUUGGAGGAUUCAGAGUUGCCUAGCCGUCUCCAGAGGGAUUGGAGACCAUCACCUUAAACAGUGGGUAAUAGCUGAGCCAGAGACAAAGAUCAUUACUAUCAAACCUGAAUACGAGUUCUUAAUAUUAGCCUCUGACGGCUUGUGGGAUAAGGUUAGUAAUCAAGAAGCAGUUGACAUUGCUCGUCCUUCAUGUGUUGGCAUCAAUAAGCAAAAUCCAUUGUCUGCAUGUAAAAAGCUUGUCAACCUUUCUGUUUCACGAGGCUCAUCUGAUGAUAUUAGUGUGAUGCUGGUUCAGCUGGGGCAGUUUUGAUUUUGCUAGUAUCUAAAUGGUGGGCAACCAAUUAAAUUAACUCAUAGAAUUGACUCUGCCUCCUAGUUUACUGAUCGUUUUAGGAUGGGAGGAGAAGACGGUUUCUCAAUACAAGAGCUAUUCGUUUAGAGCUAGUUAUUGGAGGUGUUUUGAGACUCAAAAGCGAUACCAGAUGCAGUCAAGGUGGAAGUUGGGAUAUUUUUUGGUAUGAUUUAGACUUUACUGACCAUUCUUUGUGGGGAUUUUUGUACCCACGGCAGUGACUGUGUUGUAACUUGUUUAUAUGUGUGAUAUUUGUUGACCUUGAGUUGUAAAUUCAGGAUAUACUUUAUAAACAAUUCUCUGAUAAUUGUUCCUUCUAA